CGAUUUUUUGUUGACUUCCUCGGAUGCCUGCCGUGGGAUGCCAUCUACAAGGCUAUGGAGAUAUACAUGCAGUGAAUGCAAGAGAAAUGAUAUUCAUAAUGAUUUUUGUCUCCUUCGACAUGCUUCUUGGUGCUUAUUUACUUGGCAACAUGACUGCAUUGGUAGUAAAAGGAUCAAACACAGAAAGGUUCAGAGACAAAAUGACUGAUAUUAUCAAAUAUAUGAACAGAAACAAUCUCGAAAACCAGUUAAGUAAUAGAAUUAAAGAUCAUUUGAGACUACUUUACGAUAGCCACCGCGAUCACGAGUCUCAAGUUCUUCAGGAUAUUCCACCCUCAAUUCGCACAAAGAUCUCGUAUAAAUUAUAUGAACCGUGCAUUAAGGAUACAUCUAUUUUCAGAGGCUGCUCUUCGGGGUUCAUUAAGCAGAUUGCAAUUAAAGUCCAUGAAGAAAUUUUUCUCCCAGGGGAAGUGGUUAUAGAACGAGGAAAUAUAACAGAUCAAUUAUAUAUUGUCUACCAUGGUGACUUGGAUGAAGUACAGAAAGGAGAAGAUGAAGAAGAAGAAGAUGAAGAUGAAGAAGAUGAAGAAGAAGAGAGUACUGUUAAGAGUGUGCAAUCUUGUAACUCAUUUGGGGAAGUUUCUUUUCUAUGCAACAUUCGUCAGCCUUCUACUAUUACAGCUCGUGAACUAUCCAGGGUGUUGCUUCUUGAUAAGAUAUCCUUCAUGCAAAUCCUUGAUAUAUACUUUUCUGAUGGUCACAUCAUCCUGGAAAACCUCCUUGAGGAAAAGGAUGCCAAUCUACGGAACAAGAUAUUGCAGUCCGAUUUCACCCUCUAUAUGGAAAAGCAUGAAUCAGAGAUAGCUACAAGACUAAAUUGUGCUGUCAGUGAGGGGGAUUUUCCUCGCCUAAAACGCUUGAUUGGAGCCGGUGCUGAUCCCAAUAAGACAGAUUAUGAUGGACGAUCACCUUUGCAUAUUGCUGCGUCCAGAGGGUAUGAAGAUAUGACAGUUUUCCUUAUUGAAAAAGGCGUGGGCAUCAACAUUUCAGAUAAGUCAGGAAAUACCCCCUUGCUUGAAGCUGUUAAAAAUGGGCAUGAUCAAAUAGCUUCUCUACUUUCCAAUGCCGGGGCGUCGCUUAUAGUAGAUGAUGCCGGUGAUUUUCUCUGUAAAAUCGUUGCAAGGAAAGACUUGGAUCUCCUAAAAAGAGUUUUGGCCCAUGGCACAAACCCAAAUUCUAAGAAUUAUGAUCACAGAACACCACUUCAUAUAGCUGCCGCAGAAGGGCUUCUCUCAUUUGCAAAAUUACUGAUAGAAACAGGAGCUAGUGUUUUCGUCAAGGACAGAUGGGGAAACAUUCCACUUGAUGAAUCACGUAUAAAUGGAGACAAGAAUAUGAUGAAGCUACUUGAAGUUGCAAGAACUUCUCAGAUGUUUGAGUUCUCCAUUUGCCAUCAGAAAAUUCAAGAUAAGUUGCAGCGAAGAAAAUGCACAGUGUUUUCCUUCCACCCAUAUGAUCUGAAGGAGAGGGAGAGAAGGAAGGAAGGAAUUGUUUUAUGGGUUCCUGAAACCAUGGAAGAGCUUAUUGGUGAAGCAAAGGAGAAGUUGAAAUGUGCAGGUGGUUCUUGUAUUUUAUCUGAAAAUGGAGGGAAAAUUCUUGACAUAAACAUGAUUAGUGAUGAGCAGAAGGUGUUUUUGGUUACUGAAGAAUUAGCUGAGUAAUUAAAUAAUUUUUAUUUCAAGUAAAAUUAGAUGUGUAGAAAAUUGGGAACCUGUCAUCUUUUUAAUUUAUACAAUGUCUUUUGAAGUUAAACCGUGGUCCUGAUUUUUUUUCCUUUUUUCGAUAGUCGGGGUG